UUAUUGGAUUAUUUACCGAUCAAAAGAUGAAAACCAUGGAAUCAUUUGACUGUAUAUAAAAUGUGAAUACUAAUAAAUUAUCCUAUUAUUGAACUGUUCUUUUCCUUUGGUCUGUGUCAAACUUACUAUCUCGUUCAACUUAAGGGUGUUGAAUGUCCUCCCUAUUAAACUUAAAGAGUCAAGCACACUAUUCUGCUUACCUCAAAACCCAUAAAACCAAGAGCAAAGCCAUGACGAAGAGGAUUGCAGUUGUUACGGGGGCCAACAAAGGGAUAGGAUUUGAAAUAUGUAAGCAGCUUGCUUCAAAUGGGGUCAAGGUCAUAUUAACUGCUAGAGAUGUGAAGAGGGGCAAUGAAGCUGUUCAAACACUCAAAUCUGCUGGAUACUCCGAUGUGAUUUUUCAUCAACUUGAUGUUGGGAACAAGCCUAGCAUUUCUUCUUUUGCAAAUUUCAUCAAAACCCAGUUCGGAAAGCUUGACAUAUUGGUGAUAAAUAAUGCAGGGAUUGGUGGAUCCAUAAUUAACCCAGAAGAUCGAGAGGGCUUAAAACAGGGGUAUGAUAAAUUAUAGGUACAAAUCCCGGAUCCUUGGAGACAGUUUUUAAGCAAACUUACAAAACUGCGCGCUAGGGAUUGUCUAAGGACAAAUUAUUAUGGGAUCAAGCAAGUGAGCAAAGAACUAAUUCCACCUCUGGAAUUAUCCAAUUCAGCAAGAAUAGUAAAUGUCUCCUCCACCUUCGGACAAAUAAAGGCACAAAGUUAUUAUAUAUCAAAAUGUAGACAGUUUUAGUUAUGUCACAGAUGCUAAUAACAAUGAAAUUUCAGCGUAUUUCAAAUGAGAAUGCAAGAAAGGAGCUAGAAAAUGCAGAUGGCCUCACAGAAGAGAAAGUGAACAAGGUGGUGGAAGGGUUCUUAGAAGAUGCCAAGGA